AUGUCGAAUAUUUCUAGGCAGAACUCCCAAGUAAAAGGGAAAGGGAAAGAAGUAAUUGAAGAAAGACCACCUAAAAAAGUCGCAAAUGAAUAUCAAUUGAAAGCAAUUGAGUGGGUUGAUGCUUUAGGCCAAACGCAACGUUUGAAGAUUAUCACUCAGAAUGGCAACGUUUUACUUUUAAGAGGAUUAAUUGAAAUUAAACCAUAUGAUCGCUCCUUCGUAACUUAUGAUUACCUUGUGGAAUUAUUAGGUGAUUAUUUGUUAAGAACAAUACCAAACGGAGAAAUUGGGGAAGCAGAGAUUCAGAAAGGAAUAUUAGAAGAUUUGAAUUUUAAUCAAUUAUCUAAGAUCAGUCAAGAAAAGCAACUCAAUUCACUUUCAAAAGAUUCAAAUCCAUUUAAUAAUUCUUCAUUUACCAGAACUUCAAUACAAGAUUAUCAUCAUACGUUAAACACAGCGUUAUCUAUUAUUCCUUCUUUACAAUCUGGUUUAGAUGUAAAUGUUAGAUUUAACUCUAUUCAUGGAUUUGAACCCACUGCUGAAUUAUCGGUAUUUGAUAUAUUUAAUGUGGAAUUGGUUCACGGAUGGGUAGUUGAUCCACAAGAUGAAGAAACUUGGGAAGUUGUGGUGGGAAAAUGUGGCAGUUACAAUAAAGCAGUUGAAUGUGUGGUAAGUGGAGACAGUUUAAGUAAAGGUGUUGUAUUAGAAAGCAAUGAAAAAUUAAAAGUUUCUAAUAUAAAACCUGAGAAAAAUUCAGAUUCCAUGGAAAAUUCAAAAUCAACUGCAACUCAAUUGACUUAUCAUGGUUUAUUAACAUUAUCCGAAACAUUACCACCCGGAAAUCUUUGCUUUUCAACACUUUUCAAGCAUCCCCAAACUUUAGUACUUUAUAUUCUAGUCACAGAUGCAGGAUUUGUUCAUGAACGUUCUGCGGUUUGGGAAUCACUUACCGAUGUAGAUCAAAAUGCAUCAGAAUUUGUUAAUGGAAAAUUCAUUAAGGGUGAAACUACUGGUGGAGAUUAUGUGGAAGUAUCAGAACAUCAUGAGAUAUCGGGAGGAGGAGAUCAAGACCUUCAACAACAAGAAGAUGAUCGUGAAGCGGAAUAUCUUCGUAAGCCACAAUCCGAUGCUAUCUCACAGUCAUCCGUUGGUAGUUCAUUUACUACAGCAUCAUCAUCUGAAAAAGAGCGAAGAAAGGAUAAAAAAAAAGAUUGUAUUAUCACAUAA